CACUUAAAUACUUCGCCUCUUUAUCAAUGAAUCACUCCCCGCCAGGAUAAGUAGCAGUAAGCUCAGUGCUGCUUCUGUCCGAGUACGUCGUACUGUUACAUCUUCGUCACUCUGUCUCGCCCUUUCUCUGCUAAAGAUGAGAGCCUUCAGAGGAAUGAGAAGGUGGCCCUAUCUCCGGUCGAAAGCCGGGAGGAAUCUUACCGAGAGAUCCUUGGCCCCUUUGCAUAGAAAACAAGAAGAGGAGACUUCGGCGGGAGAUUUCCCAAUGCUCUCGGGAGCCAGACGACUGGCGACCCAGUCAAAACCGGCGGAAGCCACCAUUCAGACAGGGAAAACUUACAGAAUGGCAGAGUUACCGAGCGAUCACCAGUUUUAUUCCGAGCCCAGCCAGUCAUUGCCUUACCUUGAGGCUUACAACCUGAUGGAGGAGAAUGCCGAUCUCAUCUUUGAUGACGGAAAGAUGUUGCGAGAAAGAUCGUUCACAUUAGACGACGCCACAACCGCAGACCCUUCCUCUCCGCGCACAGCAGCCGAGUUGCCCGGUCCAAAAUCAUGGCCGCUGGUUGGCUGUCUGCCCUAUAUGAUAAGUCAUAAAGAUUUCGACCCCCAACGUCUGUACCUGUUCUGGAGGGCUCUCAGGGAAGAGUUCGGGCCAAUCUUCCGGAAGGACAUGCCAGGCCACCCGAACAUGAUCUUCAUCACUGACCCGGCUGACGUACAGAAAAUGUACCAGUCUACCAUGUACAACCCCAUUCGACCAGGAAUGCAGUCUCUCAAAAAGAUACGAGGACCAGGAGGAGCUGAUGGCAAAACCAAUACCUACCAGGACGUCUUCCUUGGCAAAGCUGGUAUAUUGGCAGAGCAGGGGGAGGAGUGGUGGAGGGUGAGGCGCCAGGUGCAGAAGCCUAUCACAAAUCCCGAAAUCGUCGGUCGCUACCUUCCCAGAAUGAACGAAGUGGCAGAGGCAUUCAUUCGCAGGAUACGUUCUAUUCGAGACGGAAACAACGAGGUCCCUGGAACCUUCAAGAGAGAAAUGUAUAAAUGGGCUCUCGAAUCUCUGGGCACCAUUGCCCUUGAGAGAAGACUUGGAAUUCUUGACCCAAACCAAGAAAAGGAGUCUCCGAGUUCUUCGCGAUUAAUCUGUCUGGUGGAGCAACUGCUGGAGGCGCUGCACGAGACGGAAAACGUCAAAUUAUGGCAAUACUUUCCUACCUCCUCCAUCAAGAAGCUUCAAGAAGCCCACGACAUUUUUACAGAGGUUGCGCUGGAAGCCAUACGGGGCACGCAAGAACUCGUCCAAGCUCGCCUCGCUUUGUCAGAGCAAGCGGUAGAUGAAGGAAAUAGCAAAGCAUCGUCUUCAUUCACUGCUUCGUCCGAUUCCGCCGCCUGUCCUUAUCACAGCACCAGUUCGAAAAACAAAGCACCAGAAACGAGCACUCUGCUGGAGACGCUGCUGGGAUUACCCGGUUUGGGUAGAGAGGAUGUUUUGACUUUCUUGUUGGAUAUGUUAGCCACGGGUAUCGACACGACUUCGCACACCGUUGCCAACAUGCUGUACUUACUGGCUCGCAAUCCAGAAGAGCAGAAACGACUUCGGGAGGAAAUCCAGACCUUCGUCCCAGAUCCGCAACGCCUCACUCCGCAGCAGCUGGGUUCGCUCACAUAUGCCAAAGCUGUUUUUCGGGAGACUCUAAGGGUGAUGCCUGUCAAUGUUGGAAUUACCAGACGGCUGACACAGGACACGGUAUUAAGUGGAUACCUCAUUCCAAAAGGGUGGCAGGUGGUGAUGCCAACGAUGCUGGUGAACUGCCAAGAGCGCAUAUUCCCUAGGGCUUCCGAAUUCCUGCCGGAAAGGUUCCUGAGGGGUUCGCCCUUGGCGCCCAGACAUCACUUCGCGUUCUUGCCUUUCUCCUUCGGGCCCCGGAUGUGUAUCGGAAGGAGGAUCGCUUAUCAGGAAGUCAUCUGUUUGAUAGUUCGAAUCCUGAGUGAGUUCGACGUCGAUUAUAAACACGAAGAUAUUCAGUCGGUGAACAGACUCGCCUAUGGACCCUCCAGACCGCUUAAAUUUACGUUCAUCGACAGAAGAUGAAGUUUAGUUCCCAAGAUGUUGCGUUGCGGUUAUGGUUCUCCAUUUAGCAACGAAUAGAGCAGUUGUCACCGGAGUUCAAACAGAUGUUCUAGCUGUUUGACUGUUCAUCUUCUGUAUUCUGUUUCACAAACCUUCGACUUGACCUGGCAUUUGAAAGAAAGGAACAACAGUCAAGUGGUGACGAUUUUUAGUGGCGACAAUUUUGAAGCUUUUUUUUUUUUUUUUUUUUUUUUUUGCUACUUCCAUUAAACUGUGACCAGAACAUUUGACUUUUGAUAAUACGACCGUCAUUAACAAAUAUAUGACUUUUGUUUCGAUUUCCUCGCCCUUGACGAAGCGCUGCUUCUUAUUUGACAACUAAAGCUUGCAUCAAACAUUUUAAGAGCAGCAAAGGUUGUAAGGACAGGAAAUAACAUCUCUGUUUAGAAAAUUUUCAUUUCCCCUCAGGCGUCAUUUCACAUUGAGGCCACAUAUCUUUGUAGCCUAAAAAGAGACUGCUUUCAUUCAAUGUUCCCUUUGAUAAGUGAGACUAAAACAAUGCUCUUUCAUGAGGAUAAUGACCAAGUUUCAUUAUUAGGAAUCCAGUUAGUGUCGCUGUUCCGUCACCCAAAACAUUGUCCAAAUCUGACAGUUUUGCUUUUUCUUGUCGUCCCAGUUUGCUGUUCUUGUGACAGACGCUACUGGAUGGACUCGGUUGUGUUGGACGUCUCCCUGGUAGGUACUGCUUCAGUGGUGACUUGGCAGCAGUGUUUGUUUGUAUGGUGUUUUUACGUUGCAUGGAACCAGUGGUUAUUCAGCAACGGGACCAACGUCUUUACGGGACUUCCGAACCACGUCGAGAGUGAACUUCUAUCACCAGAAAUUCACAUCUCUCACUCCUCAAUGGAAUGGCCGAGAAUCGAACUCGCGGCCACCGAGGUGGGACGCCAACACCAUACCAACCACGCCACUGAGGCGCAGUGGCUUCUAAAUUUGGGGGUUAGGGGGCGACAGGGUGCUACUAACAGCAUUUCAUUUUAAGCAAUAAAUAGAUUGCUUUUUCUUAUUACAAAAUCUGAAUGACAAAAAAUAUGUCAUAAACACUAAGCCUAAGUGUGCAGUUUAUAGAUAAUAAAAGUGACAUUGGAAUUAUAUAAGCGAAUGCAUAGCUCUGUUAUUAAAUUAAGUAUUAUUUGGGAAAUACAUGUUUAUUUUUAAUACGGUUGCUUUCAAUCUGGAGCAAAAAAAAUGCUCACCUGUGUUUAUCGGUGGGAAGGGGGUGCUAGUAAACCAUCUGGAAGCCAAGGGGGCGCUAGCCUGAAAAAGUUUGGGAGACUGCUUUACACCAAUUCGUGGCCCGAAGCUGUGUCCAUUAUUCUGAAGGAUAAACAGAAUCCCUUGUCAUAGACCUCAUAAACAGCUCUUCAUGUAGCAACGAAUAAAGCAGCUGUCACAGGAAUUCUUAGAAAUGUUUUAGUUAUUUGACAGUUCAAUUCAUGCCCUACAGUCUGUUUCACAAACAACUGACUUAACCAGCGAGACGCUCCACUAAGGCCUGUCUUAUCUGAACAUAAUGUCUUUACGUAACCAACUCUUUGAUUGAAACGAAGCUAUGCAUUUGUGCCAUUAUUUUUUAUACUACUGUGAAUUAUACGAAAAAGAAAUAGAGAACCAAUUCUUUAACCGACCCAUGCCGCGCCCUACAUGUAAAGAGUGAUGUGCUGCCUUAGGCCCUACGGUGAAAGUGAGUUUGAUUCUAGAAAGUAAUCAAACUUCAACUUCAUGUGAAGUACAAGUCCACAGAUCACUCCUGAGCAAGGUAUAUGUGCCAAUAAAUUUGCCAAGGAAA